CAAAAACACAUGUUUUGGACCGGGAAGCGGGAUCAAAGUCAUCGUCGCUUUUUCCUCGAUAAGAGCAACUAUUGCGGUUUUCUUUCUUUUCUCGGCAUCGGCACACAGAUUACCUAUCGCACAAAAAAUGGCAACUGCCGGACAGGUUAUUAAAUGCAAAGCAGCUGUGGCUUGGGAAGCCAAAAAACCUUUGGCAAUUGAAGAAAUCGAAGUGGCUCCACCCAAAGCUCAUGAAGUACGUGUUAAGAUCACUGCCACUGGAGUUUGCCACACCGAUGCCUAUACACUCGGAGGUUUCGACCCAGAGGGAGUAUUUCCUGUGAUACUAGGUCAUGAGGGCGCUGGCGUUGUUGAAAGUGUGGGCGAAGGUGUUACGAAAUUUAAGCCCGGAGAUCAUGUCAUACCCACAUACAUUCCCCAAUGUGAUGAGUGCAAAUUUUGUAAAUCGGGAAAGACAAAUCUGUGCCAGAAGAUACGUGUUACCCAAGGUCAAGGUUUGAUGCCUGAUGGUACUUCACGUUUCAGUUGUAAGGGUAAAAUGUUAUACCAUUUCAUGGGAACAUCGACAUUUUCGGAAUAUACAGUAGUAGCUGAUAUAUCCCUGGCUAAGGUCGAUGAGAAUGCCCCCUUGGAUAAGGUUUGUUUACUAGGCUGCGGCAUUCCCACUGGCUAUGGAGCUGCUCUCAACACAGCUAAGGUCACACCCGGCAGCACUUGUGCUAUUUGGGGCUUAGGUGCUGUGGGACUGGCCACCGCUUUGGGUUGCAAAAAAGCCGGUGCCUCUAAGAUUUAUGGCAUAGACAUUAAUUCCUCCAAAUUUGAAUUGGCCAAAAAGUUUGGCGUCACCGAUUUCGUUAAUCCCAAAGAUGUCGAAAGCAAAGGCCCCAUUCAAAACUAUCUUAUCGACUUAAUGGAUGGUGGUUUUGACUACACCUUCGAGUGCAUUGGAAACGUCAAUACUAUGCGUGCAGCUUUAGAAUCUACCCACAAGGGUUGGGGAACUUCUGUUAUUAUAGGUGUGGCUGCAGCAGGCCAAGAAAUCUCCACUAGGCCCUUCCAAUUGGUAGUGGGACGCACCUGGAAAGGCACAGCUUUUGGUGGUUGGAAGAGCGGUACCGAUGUUCCCAAGCUAGUGGAUGAAUAUAUGCGCAAGGAGUUGUUAAUCGAUGAAUUUGUUACUCAUACAAUGGGUUUGGAAAAAAUUAACGAUGCUUUUGAUCUAAUGCAUGAAGGUAAAAGUUUGCGUAGCGUUGUUAAUUUUUAAUUUUUCUCCCAGGAAUGUAGAUGCCUCAUCUAAGAAACAAAAUAUAUGCCCAUAAAUACAUUUGUAUGAUUUUCCAUGGAAGCGUACAAUUUUAUACAAUAAAAAGUUAUAAAACACUAA